CGCUUAUAUAGAUGCCACACCCUCUCACUCCGUUUCUCUAUACUACCGUGAGUCGCGUUUGCCUCGUCAAGCAUGACGUGAACACUACCACCACUAUUUUCAUUCAGUUCCCUUCCACCUGGCUUUCCGAUGGAGUCUUAAAUACCCGCUUAACCCCAACCUCCGAACCUAAUACUCACCAUGGUCCUUCACCACAGACAUCCACACCUUACACCACCUUUUGGACCUUUAGACGACAUUACUUAACACCGUCACAAUGGAGUGCGAUAUAUGUGGGAAGCCCGGUGGCUUCUCCUACCCUCUCCACUGCAUUACUUGCGCCCGCGCCGCAAUCGAACUCCCCCGAAUCGAGUUAGCUAAGUGCCUGAUCGACCACGACAUGGUUGGAAAACACGUCAAAGCUGUGGUCGAAGGCUCGGAAGACAAAUUGAGCCAGCACAUCUCCCUGACCGAUUCAAGAGGAGGCCUACUCGUAGACCGACAUGAAUGCACGAAGAAUACAGACCUCCAGCGGACGAAGGCUGAGACGGCUGACGCGGAGGAGCGCAUCCAACUCAUCAGCGAGCAGGCUGCAUUGCUCCGAGAACAAAUAGCGGCUGCAAAGAAACAGCUAGAGCAAAAGCGAGCUGCAAACGCACGGCGGAAGUCGGACCUCUCGUCCAUGACGUACGGCAUCGACUCCCGACGAGCCAACGAACUAGAUAAGGUGCAGCACGACCUGAAGAGGAUGGACUAUAAAUCUGACAAGGUUCAUCAUGAGACGACAGAGAUGCGAAUUUAUCUCUGCAAUACGGCGGCGAGGCUUGCUGGGCUCAAGACGACCCGUAGAAGGACUAAGGAGGGAGGCAUCAAAGAAGUGUAUAAUAUUGGGCCUGGGGCGCGUCUUCGAAUUUAUGAUCUCCGAGACCUACACGAUGCCCAGUCUGAUAUUCUGUCAGCAUCGCUCGGUGCCGUAGCACAUCUCUUGGUACGGAUUUCUGCAUAUCUCGGCGUCCGCCUGCCUGCAGAGAUUACAUUACCUCACAACGACUAUCCACAGCCCACAAUAUUCAGUCCUUCCUCUUCCUACCAGGGCAAGAAAGUUGUGUUCUCAGGGUCUACACCUUCUCAUUCCUCGAGCACCAGCCCAGAGGCGUCCCGCACCUUUGACUCUCGAACCCCACUUCCUAAACCGCGAACCCUCUUCAUAGAUCGCCCUCUGACUCACCUCGCUGCCGAAGACCCACCCGCAUACUCGCUGUUCAUAGAAGGGGUUACUCUUCUUGCUUAUAACAUCGCAUGGCUUUGCCGAUCACAAGGCCUUAAGGAAGACUUCAAUGACUGGGAGGACGUUUGCCCUAUGGGCCGGAAUCUUCAUCGCCUCCUAAUUGCGCAGGAAUCUCGCACCCCCCCACGGCCAGAGAAUCCUCUGGACAAAGACAUCGCUCCUGCUAAAACAAACUCGAGGACACCCCCCCCUCGAGCUCCAGUCGGCUUCGGGCAAUUGUCUCAUGCCACAUGCCACUCAUUCCUCAAUUCUGCACAGAAUGUGCAGUAUUUGAGUGGAUGGAAGUUAUCACCGACAAAGAUAAGUGACAACCUGAAGGGUUUCCUACUUGGUGAGCAGCAGGCUCAGGAGUGGGAUGUGAUUAACCAGAAAGAGUGGGAGGACAUGGAGAACAUCAUUGCAGAGGAUCCUGUGCUCGUUGGGGCAAAUCGGAGGGAGGGCACAGGGUUGGAUGAUGGCAGAGGCUACUUGACCUCUACUACAGGGGGCAAGACGAUUACUGAUGCCGCCGAGAGUGGUAACGAAGGAAUCAAGUGGGAAGGAAGGAAGAGGGGAGUCAGCGGAUGGACCAAGGUCAAGAGCCGGAAUGAGGAUGCUGUCAAAAAGACGGCUCCUGAGUGAACGUGCGGCCACAACAUGUCUACCACUUACACAAGCUCAAGGCGGAUCCGCAUGCUGACAGAUAGCGAUGACAGGUUGGAUGGAAGUUGACUGUGAAUCUAAUCUACCUAUCAUCUAUUCUUAAUCUGCUGCAAGAUGGUGCAAAAUGUUU